AUGCACAAGGCUCUUUCCAAAUCCCGAGUCUUCGUCCCAAGCUCACCAUCAACAUCACGAAGUACCAACAGGAUUCAUGCACAUAAACUCAGCACAUUUGAUCCACAGAGAUAUGCUGAAUACAAAUCAAACACGUCUGCACCACCAAAAGAAAAGCCAGCGAAAUCAGAAUUGAAAGAAAACCAGAAUCACUCCAUCGGACUCAACUUUAAGGACCUUGGCGCCACGAGAACGGUCAAAUGGAUUGUUGUUGUUGCACUUUCAAUUGCUGGUACAAUAGAGACAGUAUUCUGGACUAAGUUUGCUCAAGAUGAAGAAGAAGAAGAAGAAGAAGAAGAAGAAGAUGAUGAUGAUAAUGAUGCUAUUUCCAUGUGA